CUCCCUUCCUCUCGCCGUCUCACAGUCGCUCUGCAGCCUCCGGCGACUGGGGGGAUGUGAGGCCGGUGCCCCAGCCCCCCGCCUCGCCAUGAGCCCCCCGCUCUGAGGGCCCCGGCCCCUGGAUGCACAGUCCCGGCGCUGAUGGGACCCAGGUGACCCCGGGUGCCCACUGCCCCAGCCCCCCCCGCACAGGCUGCCCCAGGCCCCGUGCAGACACGCCAGACUCUCAGCCCCAGCCCAUGGACCUGCGGGUGGGCCAGCGGCCCCCGGUGGAGCCCCCACCGGAGCCCGCACUGCUGGCCCUGCAGCACCCCCAGCACCUGCACCACCACCUCUUCCUGGCAGGCCUGCAGCCACAGCGCUCGGUGGAGCCCAUGAGGCUCCCAAUGGACACGCCGAUGCCCGAGCUGUCGGUGGGGCAACAGGAACAAGAGCUGCGGCAGCUUCUCAAUAAGGACAAGAGCAAGCGAAGUGCUGUGGCCAGCAGCGUAGUCAAGCAGAAGCUGGCAGAGGUGAUUCUGAAGAAACAGCAGGCAGCCUUAGAGAGAACGGUCCAUCCCAGUAGCCCCAGCAUUCCCUACAGAACUCUCGAGCCCUUGGAGACGGAAGGAGCUGCCCGCUCCAUGCUCAGCACCUUCCUGCCUCCUGUUCCCAGCCUGCCCAGUGACCCCCCGGAACACUUCCCUCUGCGUAAGACAGUCUCUGAGCCCAACCUGAAGCUGCGCUACAAGCCCAAGAAGUCCCUGGAGCGGAGGAAGAAUCCACUGCUCAGAAAGGAGAGUGCCCCGCCCAGCCUCCGGCGGCGCCCUGCGGAGACCCUCGGAGACUCCUCCCCCAGUAGUAGCAGCACACCUGCGUCAGGGUGCAGCUCUCCCAACGACAGCGAGCACGGGCCCAACCCCAUCCUGGGCUCCGAGGCGCUCUUGGGCCAGCGGCUGCGGCUGCGGCGGCAGGAGAGCUCCCUGGCCCCGUUCGCCUUGCCGACAGAGUCCUUGCUGCCCACAAUCACGCUGGGGCUGCCUGCCCCUGCCAGGGCUGAUGGUGACCGCAGGACCCACCCAACUCUGGGCCCUCGGGGGCCGGUCCUAGGGAGCCCCCAUGCUCCCCUCUUCCUGCCCCACGGCCUGGAGCCUGAGGCUGGGGGCACCUUGCCCUCUCGCCUGCAGCCCAUUCUCCUCCUGGAUCCCUCAGUCUCUCACACCCCCCUGCUGACUGUGCCCGGGCUUGGGCCCCUGCCCUUCCACUUUGCCCAGUCCUUACUGACCACCGAGCGGCUCUCCGGGUCAGGCCUCCAUCGGCCGCUGAGCCGGACCCGCUCAGAGCCUUUGCCCCCAAGUGCCACCGCCCCCCCAUCACUGGGCCCCCUGCAGCCCCGCCUGGAGCGGCUCAAACCUCACGUGCAGCUGAUCAAGAGGCCAGCCAAGCCGAGUGAGAAGCCCCGACUGCGGCAGAUCCCCUCGGCGGAGGACCUGGAGACGGAUGGUGGGGGCGCGGGGCCCCUGGGGGAUGACAGCCUGGAGCACAGGGAGCUGAGCCACGGGCAGCAUGAAGCUAGAGGCCCCGUUCCUCUCCAGCAGCACCAGCAGGUGUUCCUCUGGGAGCCACAGCGACUGGCCGGGCGGCUCCCCCGGGUAGGCACUGGAGACUCCUUGCUGCUCCCCCUGGCCCAGGGCGCCCACCGGCCCCUGUCUAGGACUCAGUCAUCCCCAGCCGCGCCUGCCUCACUGCCGACCCCCGAGCCCGCCAGCCAGGCCCGUGUUCUGCCCAGCUCAGAGGCCCCUGCCAGGACCCUGCCCUUCACCACAGGGCUGGUCUAUGACUCGGUCAUGCUGAAGCAUCAGUGCUCCUGCGGAGACAACAGCAGGCACCCAGAGCACGCGGGCCGCAUCCAGAGCAUCUGGUCCCGGCUGCAGGAGCGGGGACUCCGAAGUCAGUGUGAGUGUCUCCGGGGCCGGAAGGCCUCCCUGGAGGAGCUGCAGUCGGUGCACUCCGAGCGGCACGUGCUCCUCUAUGGCACCAACCCGCUCAGCCGCCUCAAACUGGACAACGGGAAGCUGGCAGGGCUCCUGGCACAGCGGAUGUUUGUGAUGCUGCCCUGUGGUGGGGUUGGGGUGGACACUGACACCAUCUGGAAUGAGCUGCACUCUUCCAAUGCAGCCCGUUGGGCCGCCGGCAGCGUGACCGACCUGGCCUUCAAAGUGGCUUCCCACGAGCUGAAGAACGGUUUUGCUGUGGUUCGGCCCCCAGGACACCAUGCGGACCAUUCCACAGCCAUGGGCUUCUGCUUCUUCAACUCGGUGGCCAUUGCCUGCCGGCAGCUGCAACAACAGGGCAAGGCCAGCCGGAUCCUCAUUGUGGACUGGGACGUUCACCAUGGCAAUGGCACCCAGCAAACCUUCUACCAGGACCCCAGUGUGCUCUACAUCUCCCUGCAUCGCCAUGACGAUGGCAACUUCUUCCCAGGCAGUGGGGCUGUGGAUGAGGUGGGAGCUGGCAGCGGUGAGGGCUUCAACGUCAACGUGGCCUGGGCCGGAGGUCUGGACCCCCCAAUGGGGGAUCCUGAGUACCUGACCGCCUUCAGGAAGGUCGUGAUGCCCAUCGCCCGAGAGUUCUCUCCAGAUCUGGUCCUGGUGUCGGCUGGGUUUGAUGCUGCCGAGGGUCACCCGGCCCCACUGGGUGGCUACCAUGUUUCCGCCAAAUGUUUUGGGUACAUGACGCAGCAGCUGAUGAGCUUGGCGGGAGGUGCAGUGGUGCUGGCCUUGGAAGGUGGCCAUGACCUCACAGCCAUCUGUGAUGCCUCCGAGGCCUGUGUGGCUGCUCUUCUGGGCAAUAAGGUGGAUCCCCUCUCAGAAGAAGCCUGGAAACAGAAACCCAACCUCAACGCCAUCCGCUCUCUGGAAGCUGUGAUCCGGGUGCACAGUAAAUACUGGGGCUGCAUGCAGCGCCUGGCCUCCUGUCCAGAGUCCUGGGUGCCCAGGGUGCCAGGAGCCGACGCAGAAGUAGAGGCAGUGACCGCACUGGCAUCCCUCUCCGUGGGCAUCCUGGCUGAAGAGAGGCCCUCAGAGCAGCUGGCGGAGGAGGAAGAACCUAUGAAUCUCUGAGGCUUUGGAACGGUUCUGCCGGCCCACCCUGCCCUUCAGACCUGGUUCCCUUUUCACCUCUGGCAACAGCACCUGUUCCUAGGGUCUUCAGAGAUCCUCUGGGCAGGUAGUUGUGGCCAGAGAACAGCCCCUUGAUAGUCACCCUAAGGAGCCCAAGAAGGCCCCUGGGUCUAAGAUAGGGACCAAAGAGGACCCUGAGGAGGCAGGCGAGGCAGCCGGUCAGGCCCCAGUAGGGCGCUCCCAAGAACAGAGUCUGCCCCUGUGGGGUCCAGGCCCCUGCUGGGUCCCCAUUCCUCAGGACUGCAUGGAGGAGGACUGGCUCAGUCGGGCCCACUCAUGACCACUAUUCUUGGCCCACAGACCCCCGACUUUGCACACAGCCCCAGGCUCCACACAGAAAUGUGAACUUGGCCUCAGCCAGGGUAGCCUUUCCUAGGCUCUGAGGGCUGGACUGGGGGGAGGGGGGUGUGUAGGAGGAGUCAAGGGGUCCUGUAUCCCUGAGUGCAGAGGGGGUCCUUCCUUCUGCCUGUCUACUCAGAUGACUAUGGAAGCCCCCCCAGUCCCCUGCCACCACCACCGGGCAGUGAAACAAAGCUCCCUCAGGAGCAGUCAUCGGUAGGCCUCCCUUCCGGUCCCUGCCCCUGCCAGAGGCCCCCCUACGUCGACCAUCUCAGUGCCCUGGUGGAGCGGACGGGUGCUCUUGGAGUUCUGUGCUUCCUGAUCCAAUGGUGCCAAACCCUCAUCUCCCCUCAGAAGCACAGCGUGACCCCCAGGGAUCCCUCGGUCACUGCCCUCCUCCAGGAAUGUUCUCUUCUUGGGGUCUCCCCCACCCCAGUUCUGACUCCUGCCCCAUAUAGGACUAGCUUGGC